AAUGGGAGCAGCAGGGGGCGGGUCUAUGCAAAUGUGCCGGCCGCCGGCGGUUCUGUUUCCGGGUUGAGGCGCAGCAGGAUUCAGGGACAUGGCCAGGCCGGGAGCCCGACGUUAACCUUAGGGUCACCUCAGCUACCGGCGCGCGAGAGAAGAUGGCGUCCAUGCUGCUGAAGAGCUGCAGCCGGCGGGUCUGCUGCCUCCCCAGGCCGCUGCGCAGGGAGCCCAAGUCGGGUAUCUUGGGAGACCGUGCUUGUCUCAGUUGUGUCUCUCUGAGGCUGAUAAACCAUACGAAUGUACACUUCAAAUAUUUCAUUAGUGUCCACCCUGUUUACAUUUACUCCAAGAAAGAUCAGUACAGUUAUUUGACUAAAGGACCUGAACAAAUGUACUUUAAAGUUGUGAGCUCUCCUGUCUCAUGGACUCCGCAUGCAAGUUUGGGCAUUUUGGGGCCCCAAUACCUUCCAGUACGAUGGUGGCAUUCUUCACAUCCCCAUAAUGAUGACUCCAUGGUGGAAAAGUCACUGAAGUCUUUAAAGGAUAAAAACAAGAAGAUGGAAGAAGGAGGCCCUGUAUAUAGUCCAACAGUAGAGGUUGUUAAAAAAUCUCUUGGACAGAAGAUUGUGGAUGAGGUGAAACACUAUUAUCAUGGCUUUCGAUUGUUAUGGAUUGACACAAAAAUUGCUGCAAGAAUGCUCUGGCGAAUACUUCAUGGCAACGUUUUAUCUCGCCGGGAACGGAGGCAGUUCCUUCGGAUAUGUGCUGAUCUCUUUCGCCUGGUUCCUUUCCUAGUCUUCAUCGUUGUUCCGUUCAUGGAGUUUCUGCUUCCAGUAGCCCUUAAGCUGUUCCCUAGUAUGCUUCCUUCAACAUUUGAGACAAAAUCUAAGAAGGAGGAGAGAUUGAAGAAAGAAUUGAGAGUGAAACUUGAAGUGGCAAAAUUUCUUCAAGACACUAUUGAGGAGAUGGCCUUAAAAAACAAAGCAGCCAAAGGAAAUGUUACUAAAGAUUUUUCUACCUUCUUUCAAAAGAUCCGAGAGACUGGUGAAAGACCUAGUAAUGAGGAGAUCUUACGGUUCUCUAAACUGUUUGAAGAUGAGCUUACACUGGACAAUCUUACUAGGCCUCAGCUGGUGGCUCUCUGUAAACUGUUGGAACUUCAGUCAAUCGGGACAAAUAACUUUCUGCGCUUCCAGCUGAUCAUGAGGUUGAGGUCCAUGAAAGCAGAUGACAAACUGAUUGCGGAGGAAGGAGUUGACAGUCUGACUGUUAAAGAACUGCAGGCAGCAUGUAGAGCAAGAGGUAUGAGAGCUCUUGGCGUAACAGAAGAACGACUAAGGGAACAACUUAAACAGUGGCUAGAGCUGCACCUGGACCAACAAAUCCCCACUUCAUUGCUUAUUUUAUCCAGAGCUAUGUAUCUUCCGGAUACACUUUCACCAGCUGAUCAGCUCAAAACAACACUUCAGACACUACCAGAGAGUGUGGCCAAAGAGGCUCAAGUCAAAGCAGCAGAAGUUGAGGGUGAAAAAGUAGAUAAUAAAGCUAAGCUGGAAGCAACCCUUCAGGAAGAAGAAGCCAUUAGAAAAGAAAAUCAAGAAAAAGAGAUGGAAAGAAUGUCUGAAGCUGCUGAGAAAGCCAAAGAAAUCCUUCAGGUUGCAGCAAGGAAAGAAAUGGAGUCUGCAGUGGAUCUUGAAGCAACUGCUGUACAUGUAAAGAAAAGCCAGAUAGCUGUGGAUACUGAACAUGAACUGGCUAGUGUGGAUUUGACACUGCAUUCAGAGACCUUGAAAGAUACAGCACCAGUGUUAGAAGGCAUUAAGGGUGAGGAAAUAACCAAGGAGGAGAUUGACAUGCUGAGUGAUGCUUGCACCAAACUGAAGGAAAAGAAGAAAUUGUUAACAAAAGAAAAGGAGGAGCUUGAGGAGCUAAAGGAUGAUGUUCAGGAAUAUAGUGAGGAUUUGCAAGAGAUAAAGGAGCUAUCUAAAACAGGACAAGAGGAUGUGGUGGAAGAGUCUAAGGCAAGCAAGAGGUUGACCAAAAGGGUGAACCGAAUGAUUGGACAGAUUGACAAAAUUAUUAAUGAAUUAGAGACUGACCAAAAGGUGGUGGAUGGACAGUUGGACAGUGGUGCUAGUCCACCUAUUGGGGAGAAUCUCAUCAGUAUCAGCGAGCUUAUUAGUGUGAUGAAACAAAUCCAGAAGUUUCCAGAGAACAAACUGAAUAGGAUUGCUGAGGCAUUAGAUGAAAACCAGGACGGCAAGAUUGAUAUAGAUGAUGUUGCCAAGGUGGUAGAAUUAAUUGACAAAGAAGACAUUGAUAUCUCUACAAGUCAGGUUGCUGAGAUUAUGGCACUGCUUCAGAAAGAAGAGAAACUGGAAGAAAAAGAGAAGGCAAAAGAAAAGGUUGAGAAAGAAGCUGUGGAAGUAAAGAAUUAAACUUCAGAAUCUGAAGUAAAGUCCAAUUUAACCAAUACAGCUUAUCUUCCAGUGUACUAAAGUCUGUAUAUAUAUUAGUUGGGCUUCUGUGAUGAUGAUGAUGAAAAAUAUUAAUACUUUGUCUGUUAAAUGAGUUUGCUAGUGGCAAAUCAAAGAUAUGUUUUGUGGAAUAUGGAAUCAAAUAAUUUCUAUUAUCAAGCAAGUGAUUUUACCAUCAUUCAUGAAGAUAAAAACAAUUUAAGAGCAUGUUCUUUGCUAUGGAAUCACGUAUUUGCAGUCAUCACUGUGGUGUAGUGAAUCACUAAACUUGAUAGUUUCCAAAACAUUAGUAUAAAUAGUGUAUCUAUCUUGGAAUAACAUGUGUGAAUGUCAUUUAUUUCCUUGUAUCAUGUAAACAGCUGAUCAGCAACCGUUAAACAAGGUCCAACUUUGUUCUUCUGCUUCCUCCUUGAGCUUUUUGCAUAAUUAAUAUAAAUUUUAUAAUUUAUAAUUAAUAUAAAUUUUUCCUUUCAUCAAAAUAUUUCAUUUUCCCUUGACACCACUGAAGGGGCUGUGGCAUCAAUAAGUGUUUAGAUUAUUUAAUUUUUCUGAGCUUCAUAUCCGCUAAACUGUUGCUUUGCUAAUACAGAAUGUGGCAUACUCUGAUCUCUUGUGUUAAAUCAACUGUUUUAUCUGUCACUUUUUUUAUGAAGGGGAAAUUCAGCAGAACUGAAACCUCCAAUGAAGAAUGAUUUUUAUGGGUGCCAUAAGCCUAUUGUGAUUGAAAAGUGGGAGUGGUUACUUCUAAGGCAGUUCUCAUAAUUCCAUAUGAAUUAUUAAAGCAUUGGGGAAACAGGAACAUUUAACAUACUUUCAGAAUGUGUUCUGACACAUAAAUGGGAGAGUGCAUAUUUAAAUACAGUAGCUAAAGUAAUUAGAAGGGGAAAAUGCCAAUGGUGGUAUUUUACAUAUAUUUUUAAAAAUUGCAGUUAUAACAAAAUGUUCGUUCUCAUCUACCUGAAUCCUGUAUACAACAUAACAGGCUUUUUUACCUCUUGAUUUUUCAUCUCAGGUAUGAAAUCACUAACCACGUGACAGUCAGAAAACAUUAUGUAAAUCAUCUGUUCAUCUCAUGGCCUUACUUACUGCGGUGUUACCAAAUAUCUGGUAUAAACAUUGUUUUGAGUACAUGGUUUGCUUUCUGGUUAACUGGUUCUUUUAUUCAGUUUCUUCUCUAAUUAAGUAAUAAAUUAAAUAUUAGCAACUAAUGGAUCUGGAUUUACUACUCCAUUUCUUUUUUUUAAAAAACUGAAGAUUUAAAGCACAAAUAUUGACAAUUUUAGUAUAUUAAUUUAUUUUCUGAGCAGUCUAAAUUUCCCCUUGUUUCUUAAAUUUCAGAUUUAAUUAGCCAAGGAAUACUAAUAUUCUGACUUUCACCAGCAUUCUUUUCAUUUUGUAUCCAGUAGGUCAUGAUCUCAAAUUUUUGUAAUUAUCAGAUUUAUACAUGUUAAACCUGCUACUGUAGAAUGCUGUACAUGGAGGAGAAUGGAGUCUGUACCUUUUUUCUAUAGUAAAAAUUACAUACUGUCUCAAAAGUUUUGACUCCCAAACACAUUUCAGUGUAAUUCUUUGUUUUGUGUUAAAUCUGAAUUAGAGUGACAAAAAUGUUUAUAGAGACAUGGGAUCGAUAUGGCUACAACUACACAGUAAACUAAAAUGUUUCGAUAAACUCCAAAUUAGUGGAAAAGAAUAUAGUUUGGGCAUUCUCACUUGCAUGAUUGACCAUUAUAUUUAUUGAAUUGCUUCUUGUACAUUUUGCUGUGGCAAUGUACAGUUUGUUAGCUAAUCUUAGAAUCGGGGUAAAAAUGUUUUUAGUUCACAGCUGUAGAACAUUUUUAAGUGUGUAAACUAUGCAGUUUGUAAAGAAAGAUGUUUUCAAUGGGUAAUUUGACUGAUUCUCCUGAGAAGCACUGUAAUUGCAUCUUACUGAGUAAACUCUAUUCUACCUGUGGACAGGUUGAAAUUACAAAGUAAUAUGAUCUUUGCGAUUCUUUUACUGUAUUUUUUUUUUAAUGGAUAGGCAUAUCUGCUUUCCUUUAAGUAAGGGUGAGGUAUAGAUUCCAGCAUGAAGUCAGUUUCAAGAUGUGUAUUUAUAACUUGACUAUAACCUUCAAGGCUAAAACUUGCCCAGUAUUCCAUAUCGUAGGUUGUACUUACCAAGGCAUUGAGACACUUUGUCCCUGGUAAGUUUGGUUGUGCCUUUUGUUCAUUUGAAAUAUUAGAUAGAGUGAAUGAGAAAGGCGCUCUAAAGUAGGUGAUGGAUUUUUUAAACAACAUCCUUAUUAAAUUCAUUCUGAUACAUUUAUGGCUAAACAUUUUUGCUCUUGGACUCACCUGAAAACUGAUAUAUUGAGAGACUUGAAUCAGUUAAUUUAAAAGUACUGAUUUCAAUAACCAGUGUCAGCUUCCCCUGUCAUCUAAAGAGAUUUAAAUAAAUCGUGUCUAAAUCAGCAA